UUAUGUCACACGUGAUAUAGAUAAUAUGCAAUAGAAUCAAAGUGAUGCUGUUAGAUACAAAAAAGGUCAAAAUCAGCAAAUAGCAUCGUGCUGAGCAUGCGGAUCUAAUCUAAUCGUGAGGUGGGACAUGGCACCUAAUAAAAGCCCUGGAAGUGGUUAUGUCGUGGUCGAGUUUAAACUUGCAGCACCGCGGCCACACUGCUCUAAUUUGAGGCCACCGAGGAACUCGCAGGAGAUGAGGGUAUUAAUUAUUGCCGGUGUGCUGCUUGUAAUUGCUGCAGCUGCGUAUUCGCACUCCAUUCCCAGAGCAGGAUGUGCUAUCUCCAUAAAUCAAAACCUGCCAGAUCCACAAGCGUUGGUUAUCAAUCCACAGGGAACGUUUGACAUUUUCGGUUUCUUCCUGCCACAGUCUGGUGACAUCGUGACUUUUGACGUCGGCCAAGAGGUUCUUUUUGCCUGUCCUGGCGCCACCCUCAACGUCACAGGCACGGCGGAGCUGCUUGCUAAUUGCGUGGACGGGACAACUUUCCAGCAAGCCGAUGGAACACAACACGAUUUUUCUCAACUUGGCUGCACCAAAUUGCCGUUUCACACGUACCAAGACACUGGCAGGCUUUGCGGCAGACCUGAUCAGAUUUAUCCUAUUUACGCGUUUGGUUUUGAGCUUUCUAAUGGGGACUUUUACAAUCUGUAUGAAGUCUGCUUUGACCCAGCAAAUGGGAACACAAGGUACUCCGUUUUUACGCAAACACCCGAAAUUCGUGGCUACCAGUCCGGCUACCCACGGCCCUCUAGCUUCAUUCAGGGCCCGUUCUACUACGACGGCUUCGAUAUUUACCAGGCGUACACGCGUGAUAACCAGACAGCAACAAUCGCCAACAUCGUUGGCUCCAUGGAUUUGGCAUUGCAAUACGUGAAUCAAAGCUUUGACAGUUCCUUUUACCUAGCGAGAGGCCAUCUCGCCGCCAAAGCUGAUUACGUUUAUGGCGCCCAUCAAAGAGCUACCUUCUGGUACUUGAACGUGGCCCCACAAUGGCAGACCUUCAACGAAGCAAAUUGGGCUCAGUUAGAGUACGACUGUCGUACCUACGCCGGACAGAGGUCCAGUCCUCUAAAGGUCUUCACAGGUACCCACGGUCAAUCUGUUCUUCCCGAUAUUAACGGUGACCUUCAGCCUCUCUAUCUGGGACUUGACCCAAACAACAACGCCAUUGUCCACGUGCCUGAAAUCUUUUGGAAGGUGCUGUACGACCCGCAAACACAAGAAGGGGUAGCGUUUGUUGGAAGCAACAACCCGUACUUGGAAAACCCCCCUGGUUUUAUCAAAUGCACUGACGUAUGCGACCAGCUGACGUGGCUUCUGUGGGACCCUAAAAACGUCACCUCUGGUCUCUCUUACUGCUGCGAAUUCAACGAACUUGCUCAAACUGUUCUUGAAAUACCUGAGUUGACUGUUUCAGGAUUGCUAACGUAAUUGGAAGGUCUGGUAAAAAUGUUUGUGUAAAUAAAUCUCUAAAAGUAUAAAAUUUAAAAAUCAAACUAAACACUCUCUUAAAUUCGUGCUAGCAUCUUCCUUUUUAACAAUCUGUUUUUACAAAUCAGACAUAUAUAUUCCACGGUAAAAAAACUUUGUAAUAAUUAUUACAUUGAAAUAUAAUCCAUCCGUCAGGUAAAAUCAAUAAAACGUGUUAUUUUUCAUAUUGGCAACUGAAUUGAGAUA